AUGUAUUUUAUAUUUUUAAUUCAUAUUAUUUUUUGCUUAAUAUAUAACAGUAAGAUGACAUAUGUUAAAGUUAGAGUUUCUGAGUCCACUAUACAUAAUGAUCAAUAUUGUGUUUCAUAUUAUUACUGGAAAGAUUCGAUGAAUCUUCCACCUGGUAAUCCAAGAAUUACUCUUGUUCUUCAUGCUACAAUAAAAUAUUUACAUUAUCUUGCAGAUCAAUUAACUAUGUGGGAUGGCCCUAUAUCAGUGGCAUUUUUUGUGCCAACUCCAGAAAUAAGUGAAUGUAUCUUUCACAAACAUAAAUAUUGCGCCAUAUAUAAUACAACUAAUAUAUUAUAUUUUCAAUUAUUUUCACUUUUUCAACAUAUAUAUGAUACAACUAAAGUAUCUCUUCAUUUAUUUUUUGAAAAAAAAGAUCAUAAAAAUUGUCCUCAUAUUAUAUUUAAAGGAAUAAAAAAACCAAGUGGAAAUAUAUUUAAAAAAUAUAAAACUAUGCUAUCAAUAGUAGGUGAUUAUAAUAAGUUCUUUGAUAUCUAUCCAAUAAAUACUGCUAGAAAUAUUGCAAGAUUAGGUAAAAGAACAAUAUUAUUUUUAUCUGGUGAUAUUGAAAAUUAUCCGUCAUUAAAUUAUGAAAAAAAAGUAUCUAAAUUAGCAGUACAAGAAUCAUUAUUAAAAAAUAAUAGAAAGUUAGUUUUAGUUCAUAGAAGAUUUGAAAUAAAUGAAAGUUUUACAAUACCACGAACAAAAGACAAAUUAAAAGAACUUUAUGAUAAUAAAAAAGCUUUUGUUUUUCAUUGGUUUUUCUAUUCAUUUGGACAUCAAAUUCCUAAGUUAAAAAAAUGGUUUUUGACAGAAGAAAAUUUUGAUGAAGUAAAUAUUGGUUGGACAACUUUUUAUAAAUUUCGUUCCUGGGAACCACAAUUUGUUGGAAAUGAUCUUGUACCAUUUCAUAUUGAAAGUUUUCCAUACAGAAUUCGUUCAAAUACACAUUUAGGUAUUUUAAUGUGUCAUCAAGAUUUUGAAUUUGGUAUUAUGGAUGAUGUUUUUACUAUUCAUUUAGGUAUUAAAAAAAACUUAUCUGAAGAAGAAAAAAAAUCAAAAAAUAAGUCAUAUUCAAGUUAUAGUAAAAUUAGGAAACAAUUUAAGAGAUAUCUUAAUGCAACAUAUCCAAAUAUGACACAAAAAUGUUUUGAAUUUAUGUAA